GUGGCGGUUCUGUAUGGACACCCAUGUGCUGCCACAACUAACUGCACCUGCCAUUUUCUGAUGUCAGCUCUGUAUCCUGUCUCUGCGUGGGGGACUGAAUACCUGGUGCCCUCUUUGGGGGAUGAAACUUCAAACGACACCGCCUUCUUACUGACAACAAAUCAAACUGUGACUUUACUCAGCGGACCCCCUACUAAGCCCCUCCAAUUGCAGUCUUCCCAAGAGCUGCCCUUCUAUCCUUCCCUCCCUGGUGGCUCAGUCCAGGUCAAGACCUCUAGUCCCGUCUUCCUCACCCUCUACAGGCCAGGCCUGCUACUCAAUCUCAUCCCGACAGCCAGCUUCUCCUCCUGCUACCUCAUCUACGCCCUCAACAGCCAAAAGAACCAGGCCCUAUUAAUAGUCCCGACAGCCCAGACCAACGGGGUGUAUCAGGAGAGCACUGCCAUGACCCUCACAUGGACUCCCAUGACUGGCACGGGGUACUCCUGGGGACUGGCUGAUUUGGGGACCGAAGAAAAAAGGCACAUCAUCUGGCAUAAUACCUCCAUAAUGGCAGCUUACUACCUGGGAGAGACUAACAACAAGUUUUUUGGAAAUCCAGCUACCAGCCUCAGCACAGAUCCAGACUCCAAUGGUUGUCUGGUGAAGCCAGGACUUGUGAAACUUGGCGACAAGCAGCAGGGUUGGAUAGAGUCUUUGAACUACUGCCAGAACCUGGGCUACAAUCUGGUCAGUUUGAACACACAAGAGGUUCUGCUUAGCAUUGCCAAGAUACUCAGAGAGUCUGAGGUCCAAGCUCACGGACAGGGAUGGAUCGGACUCCGUCGGAGCUCACUGACAGGGCAGUGGUACUGGCUGACCAAACAGAAUGUGCUAUUCACACACUGGGACGUGGAUGAGCCAGGGACCCCCAUGGAAGGCCAAUGUGCCAUGAUGAUGCUGGACCCCCAUGGAAACUACACAUGGAGUGACCAGAGUUGCUGUGAAGCUCUCCCAGCUGUGUGCUACAAAACACCAAUAUACCUUUCCCUUCAGUAGAAAACCUAAACCACUUCCUUUUCUGUAGGGUCUGUCUUAAGUUAUCCUUACUACAUUAAUGCCACUUGUGUGAAAUGCCUCUCAUAAUAUACUAUUUACUAUAGACAACUACACUUACAGUACAUUUUAUUCUGAUAAGUAAUUUUCUGGUGUAUUUUUAUUUGUUUAAAGUUGAGGCAUGCUGUA